ACUGAGCAAGGUGGUAUAGUCCCAACAUGGAGGCGCCGAGCAGGUAGAGCAAAAAUCAUUCGGGUUUGGAGUUGAAGCGGCUUCCUGAAAUGCAGUCCAGUCAUUGACCAGGCGACGCGCUUCACUCUCGGCCUGCAAUAGAGGCAUUUGGCUGCUGAGGAGAAACACUUUCAUGCAACGACGGUGCCAUUAUCAGGCUCGUUAGCUGAGCCUGGUGGUUCAUAGUGAGCCGCGCGUGUUGCCGCAGACGCGGAUGGACUCCGACCAAAUCACGGGGCUGUACGGAAAGGUCAGCGGCCUGGCUGCUCCCGUUUCAGCUCGUGUGAGCCUGGAGCAGCAGCCGGAAGUCCGGAUCUACACCGUGACAGCAGAGUGGAUCCAGACUGACCUGGUCCGAAAUGCCAGACUUCGCUUCUCACAACAGUGGACUCUGAUCGCUGACAGCAACAACCACAAAAGCAUCAGGACCGUCCUCCCACCUGGGCCAUGUUCACCGCUGUCUGGAGAGUUAUUGAGUGAAUUGUCGCCAAUUCGUGGCCUGAGGGCUGUUGUCAGAGAGACGGGCAGCCAGCAGCUCCUAGAGAUCUGGGACCGUCACGGCCUCAGGAAAAGCCUCAACCUGUCUGCCCUGAACAUCCACGGCAGAGUGUACGACGACACUCAGUUCGGCUGCCUGUCCUGGUCGGAGUGUGAGAGCAAGCUGCUGUUCGUAGCCGAGCGUAGCGGGAGCUCGACGGCAGAAACACGUUCUGGAGAAUCCGCGAGCAGAAAGGACAGGAGCAUGUACCGUGAGGACUGGGGCGAGGCUCUGACCAGUAAGAGUGUCCCAGUGCUCUGUGUGGUGGAUUUGCAUCAUGGUGAGGUCGAUGUACUGCAGAGCGUCCCGCAGGACGUCUCACCUGGACAGGCUCUGUGGGCUCCCGGCGGCCAGGCUGUGUUUUUUGUCGGCUGGUACCAUGAACCUUUCAGACUUGGACUGAAGUUCUGCUCCAACCGCAGGUCGGCUUUAUUCAGACUCAGCCUGGAUGGACACUGUGAGUGUUUAUCAGGGGACAACCUCUCCGUGUCCUGUCCCAGGCUGAGUCCAGAUGGAUCCACGUUGAUCUACCUGCAGGGUAGUGUGUUUGGGCCCCACAACCAGUGCCUAAGUGUGCAGCAGUUGGACCUGAAGAGUGGGAAGACUUCGACCAUACUUGGUGUGGUCAGCAGACCUCAGACUGGUGAUUUUGCAGGUGUGUAUGAAGCGCUGCCGUCCCGCUGCUGGUCUGUGGACGGUCAGAAAGUCGUGUUCAGCAGCGCCGUUAGAAACCAGAAGGAUGUCUUCAUGGUGGACAGAGGAACAAAGAAAGUCUCUUCCCUCUCUGAUAGUAAGAGUCCGUCCUCUCCUCCGCCUCCUCCCACCCUCUCCUCUUUUCUGUCCUCAUCUCCGUCUUUCAUUUUUCCUCCUCCUCCCUCCCAGCCUCCAACUCCUCUCCUUCCCCCCCCUCCGUCCCCUUAUUGGUCUUUGUAUUCACCUCCGCCACCACCUCCUCCACCGGCUGUCCCUCUCUCCCCUCCUCCUCUUCCUCUUCUGUCUCCUCUUCUUCCACCUCCUCCUUCUCCUUUUGCCCAAAAUUCGGCUCCUCCUCUUCCUGCUGACUCUUACUUUCCAAAUACUCCUCCUCCUCCUCCUUCCUCAUCUCAUCUUCACCAAGACCACCAGAGACAGGUGGAAGACCUCUCUGAUCUUUCUAAGGUUUAUGGAAGCUGGAAGCUACUGACAGUCCAAAGAGACCUGAUGGUCGUCUGCUGCUCCAGCCCCAACUCGCCUCCCACCCUGAGGGUGGGAUUCCUCCCAUCAGCAGGCGAAACUGUAAUCUGGAGAACUCUGCAGCAGCCCGUCACGACGUUUGAUUACCUCUGGACGGUCCUAGAUGUCACACCUACAUCAGAUGAGGACAACGGACGUUACCCUGGUUUAGAUUUCGGGGCCAUCUUGGUCAAACCGUCCCGUCUCUUCUGUGAAACCGGAACACCUGUGGUUGUCUUCAUCCAUGGUGGCCCUCACUCCCAGUUCCCUGCAGAGUGGAACAGCACCACCGCUGGACUGGUUGAACUGGGCUUUGCCGUGCUUAUGGUGAACUAUCGGGGAUCCACAGGGUUCGGACAAGAUAGCAUUUUAUCCCUCAUAGGUCAGAUCGGGAGUCAGGAUGUAAAAGAUGUUCAGCGGGCUGUUAUGACUGCGCUCCAGAGUGACAAAACCCUCGAUCCCAAACGUUUGGCAGUGAUUGGUGGUUCCCAUGGUGGUUUUCUGUCCUGUCAUUUGAUUGGUCAGUACCCAGACUUCUACAGAGCGUGUGCAGCCAGGAAUCCGGUCAUUAACGCCGCUACGCUGCUGGGAACCAGUGACAUAGUGGACUGGAGAUACACAAGCGCAGGCUUUCAGUUCUCAUAUGACAACAUCCCUACUGCUGAAACCCUGGCUGCAAUGUUACUGAAGUCUCCCAUCACACAUGCAGCACAGAUCAAAGCUCCAGUGCUACUGAUGUUGGGUGGGAAGGACAGACGGGUUUCUCCUCAUCAGGGUCUGGAGCUCUACAAAGUCCUGAAGAGCAGAGGUUCACCUGUCAGGUUGUUGUGGUUUCCAGACGACGGACACUCUCUGUCCAGGGUGGACACUCAGGUCGACUGUUUCCUCAACAUCGUGCUGUGGCUGAACCAACACCUCUGCGCAAAUCCUUCCAAACAAACCCCUGUGACGAGGCGGCUGUGAUUCUGCUGACUGCUUCUGAAUUUCUGACACCCUUCAUUUGUAAUAAAACAGAAACUCUUCUUUACAAAUUUUAUCCUAAUUUUAUGAAAGUGUGUUUGAAAGAAAAUCAUGCAAUAAACACUGGUCAUGA